ACGAGAUCGUCAAUGCGACCCACAAACGCAUCCUUGUCUGAUUGUGCAUCGAGCCUCCUAACCAUAGCUCUAUCUGCACAACCCCGUGAGUCGCGACUCUAUCUGCAGAAGACAGAUAGAGCUCUGCUUCGGUCAUUCUCGCUCCAGCCCGCAACAGGAUUCGACCAUCAAGAUUGUGCUCGGCGCAUACCGCGCCUAGACAGAUCACGUUGGAUACAUACCAAGUCCUAGUUCGGCUUGCGCACACCCGGCCCGCUGAUCAGGGUGCACAAAUCGCAGCACGUCCUGAUAUCAGCGCGCCAUAGCUCAAACCGGCGCUUGCGUAGACAUCACCUGUGUUGCUCGCUGGCAUCGAUCUGCAAGAGCUACGCAUCAUGGCUGUCAGACCUCUGGUCAACCCCGGUCUUGCCGGCUGCUGCACCAUCCUCUCGAUUUUUGGCAUUCUCUCGCUCGGAGUCAUAGGCUACGGCUUUGCGCACAACUGGGAAGCUUUCAUGGGCUCCAUCAACGAUCCUGUGGAUGGUCAGGCAGUAGCUAGCACCUGCUACGUCGCUGCUCUCGUGUUUGUGGGAUUUGUGGGCUUUUGCGGCUGUCAGUUGGGUCAUGCUAGGUAUGCUAGAGGCAUCGCUUUGGAUUGAGGGUUGUGCCUCGAUGCACGCCUGACAUCUUUAAUAGCCGCGUUGUUGCUCUUGGAUUCCUGCGUCAAGUCACCAAAUCUUUCGACGCUUACCUGCGCUUCCGUCCUGCGGUGCCC